AUAGAUAGCUUCUUCUUCUUCCUAACUAGGAAGGAAUUAUGGCGACUGCCUCUCCGCCAUUGUUGUUACCUGUGAGUGCCAUUACUCCAUCUGACAACAUGAUUACUUCGCUCACUUCCGCCUUCAACCAUCAAACUCGCUUGCUAGAUUUAUUGAGCCAAUGUAAGUCUCUCUCUCAGAUUAAACAAAUACAGGGCCACGUAAUUCGCACCACAUCAAUUCAUCACCCUCACACUCGAUUUCUCUACAGCCGAAUACUCCAUGACUCGUCUUUCUACGACCUGGACUAUGCCUUCCGAUUAUUUGCCCAAAUCGAAGAACCCAAUUCGUUUAUGUGGAAUACACUGAUUAGAGGCUGUUCAUACAGUCAUGACUUGCAAAAACAGCGGGCAAUCGAAAUUUACAUGAAAAUGUUGAUUCAAGGUCUUUCUAUGCCAGAUAGUCAUACGUUUCCUUUCGUUCUUAAAGCUUGUGCAUAUUUAUUCGCCAAGUCGGAAGGACAACAAGUGCAUGGACAAUUACUUAAGCACGGGUUUGACUCUGAUGUUUAUAUAAAUAACAGUUUGAUUCAUUUCUAUGCUUCUUGUGGGAAUCUUGAACAUGCAGAGAAAGUGUUUGAUAAAAUGCCUGAGAGAAGUGUUGUUUCGUGGAAUGCUAUGGUAGAGGGUUUAGUUCAAUUAGGAGAGUUUGAUAGUGCAUUAAGUCUAUUCCGAAAGAUGCAGGAUUCAUUUGAGCCAGAUGGGUAUAUGAUGCUAAGUGUGAUAAAUGCUUGUGCGGGUCUUAGGUCUCUAUCAUUAGGGAUGUGGGCUCAUGCUUAUAUUUCGAGGAACCGCGAAAAUAUUCGUGUAAAUAACGACGUGCUUUUGUACUCUUCGCUCGUUGAUAUGUAUUGCAAGUGCGGAUCAUUACAGAUGGCCAAACAAGUGUUUCAUAGUAUGAACAAUCAUGAUGUAAAUUCCUGGAAUUCAAUUAUUUUAGGGUUUGCAAGCCACGGGCAAGGCGAAGCAGCGUUAAGAUACUUCGAUCUCAUGAUUAACGAAGGUUUUAACCCUAAUUCAAUUACAUUUGUGGGUGUUCUUAGUGCCUGUAACCACAGAGGCUUUGUGGAUGAGGGUUUGAAGUACUUUGACAGGAUGAAGAAGGAUUAUGGAAUUGAACCUGUGUUGGAGCAUUAUGGAUGCAUGGUUGAUCUUCUUGCUCGCGCAGGAAAUAUUGAGAAAGCGAUAGAAAUUGUAUUAGAGAUGCAUAUAAAGCCUGAUGUAGUUAUUUGGCGGAGCUUGCUUGAUGCUUGUUGUAAAAACCAUGCAGAUUUGGAUCUAAGUGAAGAAGUAACAAAGCAGUUACUUGAAUCGGACGGUGGUGAUUGUAGCGGUGCUUAUGUUCUUCUAUCGCGAGUCUAUGCAUCAGCUAGAAGGUUUAACGAUGUGGGAUUAAUCAGGAAGUUAAUGAACGAUAAUGGAGUGAUUAAAGAGCCCGGCUGCAGUGUAAUUGAGGUAGAUGGAAUAUCUCAUCAGUUCUUUGCUGGGGAUACUACUCAUCCUGAAACGAGAUUAUUGUAUCGGGUUUUGAGAGAAAUUGAGGAAAGAUUGCAGAAGGAGGGUUAUGAACCGGAUUGUUCUCAAGCGAGUUUAGUUGAUGAUGGGGAUCGUGGUAAAGCUGAAUCGUUGAGGCUACACAGUGAGAGGCUUGCGAUUGCGAUGGGGCUUUUGAAUGGAAAACCGGGGAUUCCUAUUAGGAUAUUUAAGAACCUUCGCGUAUGCAAUGAUUGUCAUAACGUGAGCAAGAUGAUUUCGAAAGUGUAUAAUGUGGAGAUUGUUGUUAGAGAUCGUGCUCGGUUUCAUCACUUUAAAGAUGGAUCUUGCUCUUGCUUGGAUUAUUGGUGAGAAUUUGUUGUUGUAAAUACUUUUGUACCAAAAUUGUUAAAUAAACUGUUGAUGUAAACCAAAGAGAGAAUUGUUGAACACUUUCUACUAGCUUUGGUUUUUGUCAAAAUUUCAAGGCAGUUACAGGCUAAAACAGGAAAUGUAGAUCUCUGUUUUCGACCCCCA